GAAAAACAACAAGCUAACAAGCUAAACGCUGCACCAGUUGGGCUGUAAUGCAAAGCUAAACUUGUAUUAUUUAACAGAGCGCAGAUUUGAAUGUGUUCUUUAACUUUCCUGAUGUCCUCUGACUGGUGUUUCUCCCAGCUGCCCCUCCACUGUCCCUCACAGGGACAACACACCUGUACAAAGAUGCAGUGCCUGGUGAAGUGUUGACCUCAUGCUUUGUAAUCUCUUUAUCUGCGCUGCUCAGCCAGCGUCUAAAGGGGACAGAGAGCUAAUCCUUAUGGGAACAUUGGGUAACACCGUUGCAUAACAUUUCAUCUUCACAAAAGCUUAGAGAUCAACCUUGGCUGCAUAACACGGCCAUGUGUCACACAGGUGGGCUUUGCUACACCUGCAAACCAAACUGCUUGUAUAUACUGUGGAUACAAUAUUUGUGCACAUUUGUCGUGCGUUGCGUCCUUCUGGCCUCAUUUUUGCUGCCCCAAACUGGUGUUAGCCAUUUGAAGGGAUUGGCACAGUCCUAAAUUGAAGCAGGAUUAGAGUUCAUGACACCACCUUGAUCCUUGUUCAGUGAGGAGGAGGAGAUGAUGAAGAUAGGCAGAGGUGAGGGGUGUGGCCAGGGAGGCUCUGACUGUCUGUCCACUUGACAGACGCCCCCCCCCUGUGCUCUCAGCAAUCAGCGUACAGUAGUCUGUUGGAGAGGGCAGACACAGACGAUGACUGCACCGUGCUGCUCGGUUUAUUGGGACCGCCUGCAAUGAUCUUGGCACAAACUGUCAGACUUCAGCAUAUGACCACAUCUCCAGCCUGCUGCAGAAAUGCCUGGAGGCCUGUACCAGGUGACGACCAGGCGCCACCACAGUGUCUACAGCCUGACAGACAGCUCUGAGGUCGGCCCAGAUGAUGACAUCGACGCCCCACUGCGCCUCACCCCCCUGCAGAAGCUCACCACCGACAUGUGCAAGGAUGAGAAGACCAUCAAGGACUUGAUGAUAGGCCGCAGGGUGGGCUUCUACAAGGUCCGCGGGGAGAUCGGCUCUGGGACCUUCUCGAGAGUCAAACUGGCUUUCCAUGCUCUGACUAAAGACAAAGUGGCCCUAAAGAUACUGGACAAGACCAGGUUGGACAGUCAGGCCCAGCGUCUGCUCUCCAAAGAGAUCAGCAACAUGGAGUGCCUGCAGCACCCAAACGUGGUGUGUCUGUACGAGGUGGUGGACACGCCGAGCCGCCUCUACCUGGUGCUGGAGUACGCAGGAGGAGGAGACCUCCACAACAGGAUCUGCACCGAGGGGAAACUGUCAGACAACACCAGCAAGAUCACCUUUGCCCAGAUCCUGUCUGCCAUCAAAUAUAUGCACAACCUCAACAUCAUCCACCGAGACCUGAAGGCCGAGAAUGUCCUGUUCACCAGCAGCGGCAGUGUGAAGGUGGCAGAUUUUGGAUUCAGCACACGGAUUUCAAACCGCAACCUCGCCCUCGACACCUUCUGCGGCUCGCCACCCUACGCCGCCCCGGAGCUCUUCAGGGAUGAGUGCUACAUCGGGCCCCCAGUGGACGUGUGGGCCAUGGGGGUCCUGCUCUUCUUCAUGGUGACCGGCACCAUGCCGUUCCGCGCUGAGACCAUGGGGAAGCUGCGGCGCUGCAUCAUCGAAGGCAUCUACACCAUCCCUCCCUGGGUGCCCGGCCCCUGCCAGAGGCUCAUCAAGGGCAUCCUGAAGGGGGUCGCCGCCGAGCGCUACGCUGUCGACCAGAUGCUCGGCUGCGAUUGGCUCCUACCUGUGGAGUUCCCCUGGUCGUUGGUGCCUCCCGAGCCGACGAGCUCUCUGCAGAACCUGCUGGAUUCGGAGCGCAGAGACCUGGAGGAGCAGACUGAGGAGGAGGUCAGGAGCUCGAUGGAGGAGCUCGGCUUCACCCGGGAGCACCUGAACAACAACCAGAUCAAAGACAGUCGCAACCCGGUCACCGGGGUUUAUCGGAUCCUGCUGCACCGAGCCCAGAAAAGGAGGGGCUGCGACAGUCCCCCGGUCGUCAGAGGGAUGGUGAGGGACCCCAAGAGGGAGGGGCUUCGAGCCUACAGGGGCCUCAGACACACAUCUAAAUUAUGCGUGCUCUCAUAACAGACUGGUAGGGAUGCUUCAGAACAGUUUUUAUACUUCUUUUAUACAAACAUGAAAUUAAAAGCUAUAGUGAAUUUUUUUUUCUACAUUAUGGGAAGGUGACUUGUAGUUUUUGAUAAAUGUGUUUCAUUUGCUCCAAUGCAGCUUUAUGGGAUAGCCUAAAGUAUGAGUUAAAGUGCCUGGUGAAAUUAAACAGAAUUAUAGCUAACUAAAGGGUGACUUUUCCCUCUCAAAUAGUUUGAUUUGAAUGAUUUUUAGAGGCCUGAAGAGGUGAAGAUAUCCAGUAUGUUUAAGAAGGCGAGCAAAACUUGGAGAUUUAUUUCAGAAAAAUAAACAUAACCUCAUGUAACUUUUCAUGGGACCCCUCCAGUUUUUAAAAUUGUCACAGCUGCUCUUAAAAUUCAGAGCCAAACAGCCCUAAAGCAUUUAGUGCAUUGGUAAAUGACUCAUUUUGUAUUUGUUUUUUUGUGCACCUCAUUGUAGCUUUUCAGUCUUGUGGGUGCACACAGUUGGUUUAUUAAAUAUUAUAGUAUGUUUUUUAAAGGAAGAUGGGGAAGCUUACACCCACUUAAACAAAUCCUGUAUCUUAAAGACUCCUAUUGUUAAUUAAAAAACUAAAUAACUAAAUAAA